GGGUCAGACCAAAGGUCCAUCUAGCCCAGUAUCCUGUCUUCCGACAAUGGCCAAUGCCAGGUGCUUCAGAGGGAAUGAACAGAACAGAAGAGACUACAGAAAGAACUGUUGGCUUUGCAGAAUGACCCACCUCCAGGAAUGACUUUAAAUGAAAAGAGUGUUCAAAAUUCAAUUACACAGUGGAUCGUAGAUAUGGAAGGUGCUCCAGGUACAUUAUAUGAAGGGGAGAAAUUUCAGCUUCUAUUUAAGUUCAGUAGUCGAUAUCCCUUUGAUUCUCCUCAGGUCAUGUUUACUGGUGACAAUAUUCCUGUUCAUCCUCAUGUUUAUAGCAAUGGUCAUAUCUGUUUAUCCAUUCUAACAGAAGACUGGUCCCCAGCUCUCUCGGUGCAAUCGGUUUGUCUUAGCAUUAUUAGCAUGCUUUCCAGCUGCAAAGAAAAGGUUUUUUUUCUAUUGCAGAGGCGACCUCCAGAUAAUUCAUUUUAUGUAAGAACAUGUAACAAAAAUCCAAAGAAAACAAAAUGGUGGUAUCAUGAUGACACCUGUUGAUGCCACCAUUUUGUGAUCCUCCUAGCAGAAGAUUGUCCUACUGAGAAAAUGAGCACUUUGAUCAUUCAGUCUUUGAACUUUAACCUUUGACUGGAGGUGACCUAUAGACAAUGAAGACUACUUCCUUUGACUGCAUUUUUACUAGUGUGCAUUCUGGGCGCAUGUUGAUCGCUGGUUCAGUCCAUGCAACUGACAUGCUUUAGUCAUACAGUAUUAAUGCAGGUGUCUGGAAAUGUCAGAAAAAUUCCAUUUAUUUUUAUUUUUAAGCUUUUGGCAGAAUUCCAGGUCUUCAUGUAUUGUGCAAUAACAGUUGAACUCCUUGGCGGUUUUAUGGUAUCCAUUGCCGGCAAUGGAUGUUAUACCAGGAAAAGUUUUGAUCCUGCUGCAAAAUAAAUUGAUUGGAUGGUAGGUCUUAUGGAAAGUUUCCAAUACAUUGGGAUUAUAAGUAAGGGAUCCAACAUUACUUUGAAAGCAUCCCAUUCUUUUAUAUUUGGAUUCUGUGCACUGUGGUCACAAAACUAGCAGCAUAAUUAACAUGCUUAGCUAAAGGACUGUAAUAAGAUCAUUACAUAUUUAUUAAAUUGUUCAUCUGCUGUCAAAUUGUUUUAACAUGGAAGGUUUUCAAGUGACAUUGGGAGAUAGGUACAAUUAUCCCUAUGGUGAAAUAAAAAUACCCCCUUUUUUUUUUUGUAUGGUAGUUACUCAUAUCUCUAACACAAAGAUAUGAGUAAUAAUUGGGUAUGAGUGGUUUAAUCAAGACUUAUUUUUUGAGAUACAAGAAGAUGGCAGUGAUAUAAUUAAAUUUGCUGCAGUCCACAAUUGGGCCUGUAAUUUGUACAUUAGAACUUUUUUCCAUGUAGAUUGCACACUGUUACUUCCUGCUAGCCAUCAGCAUGAGCCCUACUGCCUACACAAUUUCAUUUAUUUAUGUGUUUGAAAACAAUCCAUAUAACGUUUGUUUGCUGUUUUUGUUGUGUUGUAUGUCAUGUUUGAAUGUUACAAAACAAUAUUUUGAUUGAAAAGCUUUGUCAGAAGAUAUUUUCUUGUAAAUUAUUUCUUUACCUUGUAAGCAUCAUCUUGUCUUUUAAUCCUGUACUAUAAAGAAAGAAAUACAUUUUUGACAGAGGCUUAAUGUUUUGACACAAAAGUGUGGACCUUUUUAUUUAAGUUUAGACAAAAGUAUAUUUUCUUAACUUGCUUGUCCUACAGGCAUAAUAAUUUUUUUCCAGCUUUUUCUUCACAAAAAUUUAAUUACAGCUAGAUUAACCUUUUUCUACAGAGAAAUAAUUGUUGAAAAAUAGGUAAUUGUUCUCACCACUGUGUAAUUUUAUGAUAUUACAAGUAGGCUGUCUUUUUAGGAAGCACUGAUGUCUUUUAUAUACUUAGUACCUUUACACAUAUGCAACAUUUCUAUAACAAUGCUGUUUUUACUGUUGCCUUAUUGCUGACUC